CAGCAGCAGGAGGGCAUCGCACCAUCCAGGUGCACGGAUGCACCACCCUCAGGACCAGCGUCGAUUCCUAAGGGGUAGCGGUCAGCACUUUCCUCACAGCGAUCAGGAGAGCCUGGGCCUUUUCAGUGGGGAUGGCAAGCGACGCGUGGUCAAGCCGGAGCGGAUCAUCAUCGUGCGCCACGGGGAGAGUCUGGGGAAUCGAGACGAGUCGACUUACGUCCACGUCCCUGACUGGAAGAUUCCCUUGACGAAGAAGGGGUUCGGGGAGGGCCAGAAAGCGGGGGAGAAGAUCAAGGAGUACAUCGGAGACAAGCCACUCUUCAUCUACACGUCUCCUUACCUCAGAACAAAGCAGACCUUGGCUGGGAUGGUGGAGGCCUUCGACACCAACUACAUCGUCGGGGUAAGGGAGGAGCCUAGGCUGACGGAGCAACAGUUCGGGAAUUUCCAGAACCUGGCGACCAUCGUCAACUCCAAGGCGGAGCGGGCACGCUUCGGCCGUUUCUACUACCGAUUUCCCCAGGGCGAGUCUGGACUGGACGUGUACAACAGGGCGACGUCGUUCAUCGCAACCAUGUUCAGAGACUUCGCCAACGAGAGCAUUGCCAGAGAUGACCUGAACGUUAUCAUCGUCACGCACGGCCUCACCCUUCGCUUGCUGGUGAUGCGGUGGUUCCAGUACUCGAUCGCAGACUUCGAGGAGACGCUUAACCCAGAGAACGGCAGCUUUGUCGUCAUGGAGCGGAAAGAAAAGGAGGACACGGAUUCUCGCUUUUUCAAAGAUGUGAGUGCGGAGCGACGGGAUCUCCGACACUGGUAUGAGCUGACACCAGAGAGUAGGGCACACAUCAAUUUCAAGGAGCAGCAGCAAUUCGGGUCCCUGUGGAAGCUCUUGUCCGAGCUGCCCGAUGAGCCGGGAGUGCUACCGGAGGAGUUCAUGAACAAGACGUCGGAAGACCCGAACAAGAACAACUGACAAUCUUUCAGAGACAGACGUUAGCCAGUACCGCUAGAGAUUUCGCACAAUCAAGAGAAAUUGCGUUUGGAAGUUAGAUACAUUAAUGAUACACUAGAUAAAAGACAGUGUGGUUUGAAUCCAUAGUAGUAUGUUGUUCUGAAAGCGCCAGCAUGUCCCGGGAAAUAGUUCAAGUUGCAUGUACCAGUGGGCCUCUUUAAGUUGAGUUGAAUCACGAAGCGCCUGCGUUGUUCCAGUGCAAGGGAUUCAUUCGGCAUCUGUGCUAGGCUCUUUCAUGAUGCCGUCCGGCCCGAGGUACUAAGCGUCAACCGAUUGUUUUGAUCCGUUGAGCGCACGGGGAGGGGUACGUACCCAUGUUUUGCGUGCCUUAGCGGUUAGACCAUUUCCAGCGGGAGUCAUUUCUCAUUGUCACUCCACGCUGCACCGCAAGCCAGCAGCGGGCGCGAUGGAAAUGAACCUUCGCGAUAAGGUGGAGGUGGCCGAGGUGGGAAAAGGGGUUGUUCCGAAACCGAAAAUUUUUCGUGAAAUGGAGCUGCGGGUCAGGCGAUUGAUCUCGGAGAACGCCUAUAGUAUGAGCAAUACGAGCAAGACAAGUUUGAGGGCACGAUGUCAACGGAUAUGGAUACCUCAACUAGGGCGUCACAAUGUCGUUCACUUGCGGGAAGGGAGUGCGAGGUUCUCAUCACAUGCU